AUGGCCAACUCUCCUCACGGCGGCGUCCUCAAGGAUCUCUUCGCCCGCGACCUGCCACGUCAUGCCGAGCUCUCAAUAGAGUCGGAGAGGCUUCCUGCCCUCGUCCUGAGCGAGCGUCACCUCUGCGAUCUCGAGCUCAUCCUCAACGGCGGCUUUUCUCCCCUCCAAGGUUUCAUGUCGCAAGAGGACUACAAUGGAGUCGUCGAGAAUAACCGGCUCGUCGAUGGCAACCUUUUCAGCAUGCCCAUCACCCUCGACGUGGAUGAGACCCAGAUCAAAGAGCUCGGCAUCAAGCCUGGUGCGAGAAUCACCCUUCGCGACUCCCGGGACGACCGCAACCUCGCGAUCCUGACCGUCAAGGACCUGUACCGGCCGGACAAGAUCAGGGAAGCCGUCCAGGUGUUUGGCAGCGACGACGACACCCACCCUGGCGUCAAGCAUCUCUUCACCGUCGCCCGGGACACGUACGUCGGCGGUGAGCUCGAGGCCAUCAAUCGUCUGGAGCAUUACGAUUUCCUCGAUCUCCGCUUCACGCCGACGGAACUGCGAGCGCACUUCAACAAGCUUGGCUGGCAAAAGGUCGUCGCUUUCCAGACGCGGAACCCGAUGCACCGCGCCCACCGGGAGCUUACCGUCCGCGCCGCCCGCUCGCAGCAGGCCAACGUCCUCAUCCACCCGGUCGUCGGCCUGACCAAGCCCGGCGACAUCGAUCACUUCACCCGCGUCCGCGUCUACAAGGCCCUCCUGGCGCGGUACCCGAACAGCAUGGCCGCCCUCGCCCUCCUGCCGCUGGCCAUGCGCAUGGGCGGUCCCCGCGAAGCCCUCUGGCACGCCGUCAUCCGCAAGAACCACGGGGCGACGCACUUCAUCGUCGGCCGCGACCACGCCGGCCCGGGCAAGAACAAGGACGGCAAGGACCACUACGGCCCCUACGAGGCCCAGGAGCUCGUCAAGAGGUACCAGGACGAGCUGGGCAUCAAGAUGGUCGAGUUCCAGGAGAUGAUCUACAUCCCCGACAAGGACGAGUACAUGCCCGCCGACGAGAUCCCCAACGGCACCCGGACCAUGAACAUUUCCGGCACCGAGCUGCGCAACCGGCUCAGGACCGGCAAGGAGAUACCCGCCUGGUUCUCGUACCCCGAGGUCGUCGAGGUGCUGCGCGAGCAGAACCCGCUGCCGCGCGAGAAGGGCUUCACCGUCUUCAUGACGGGCUACCAGAACUGCGGCAAGGACCAGAUCGCGCGCGCGCUCCAGACCACGCUGAACCAGGGCGGCGGCCGGCCCGUCUCCAUGCUCGUCGGCGAAACCGUCCGCCACGAGCUCUCGUCCGAGCUCGGCUUCAGCAGGCAGGACCGCGAUCUCAACAUCUCGCGCAUCGCCUUUGUCGCCUCGGAGCUCACAAAGGCCGGCGCCGCCGUCAUCGCCGCGCCGAUUGCGCCCUUUGAGGACGCCCGCCGGCAGGCGCGCCAGCUCAUCGAGAAGUCGGGUCCCUUCUUCCUCAUCCACGUCGCCACCCCGCUGGAGUAUUGCGAGAAGACGGACCGGCGGGGCAUCUACAAGAAGGCGCGCGCCGGCGAGAUCAAGGGCUUCACCGGCGUCGACGACCCGUACGAGGAGCCGUCCAAGCCGGAUUUGGUGGUCGAUCUCGAGAAGCAGAACGUCCGAUCGAUCGUGCACGAGAUCAUCCUGCUGCUCGAGAGCAACGGCCUGCUCGAUCGGGUUUGA